AUGUUCAUCAGAAAGUUAUGCAAUAGAGUCGAAGACAUUUUCACGGAGCGGAACAACCCGCUUAUAUGGAGUAGAGAGUUAGAACAAUAUUUCGGUGGGUCGUACUGCUAUGCUUGCGUGAGAACUCAACCUGGACCUCAACUUGAGUUCAAUCAUGUAGAGCUUGGCUCCAGAGUAACUUUCAUAGGGAUUUAUGAUUGCCACAAUGGUCCCGAGGUGGCUUCGGACCGACAUUAUGUUAGAAAUGUUGGUGACGGAAAAUGCGUUCUUAGACGUAAAUAUGGUAGCGCAUUUGUUACGGACAAACUUAACAAUGUUGAUAAUCUUCAAGAUGAACCUGCAAGAUUUCAUUUUCAACGCCAACAUCCUGAGGCGCAUGCAUUUACUGCGGAUGAUUCCGGAGUCUUUUUGGUCAAAGGCAAGUUAAGGGAUCGACUUUAUGUUAGAAAUGUUGGUGACGGAAAAUGCCUUCUUGGACGUAAGUAUGGUAGCACAUUUGUUACGGACAAACUUAAUGAUGUUGAUAAUCUACAAGAUGAACCUGCAAGAUUUCAUUUUCAACACCAACAUCCUGAGGUGCAGGCAUUUAUUGCGGAUGAUUCCGGAGUCAUUUUGGUCAAAGGUUACUAA